AUGGACGUCAAAUCAUUUUACAGUUCAAAACCACGCACUUUUCUGGCCCUAGUGCCAGAAAAUCCUGAGGACUCAGAUGCGGAUCUGAGCGAUGAUGACCCUGUAGAGGAUCCAGACUAUCUGCCCACACCAGCAGAAGAGGCUUCGUUUGAUUCAGUGGAUGAGGAGGAGGUUGCCUCAAGUUCAUCCUCUAAACCACCAUCCAAAAAGAAGAGGAGAAUGGGGAAGAACUCCCUGAAAACUGUUUCUUUGGCAGAGCUACAGGACACACCUGAACCAUCACCCCCAGAUGAAAAGGAAGGCAGAAGAAGAUUGUGGCGGCAUGAAGACAUUGAGACAUUCCAGGUUCCAGACUCAAGUUUUAACCACCCUGAUGCUGUAAAGACACCCUUUCAGUAUUUUAAAAUGCUCUUCACAGAUGAGAUGAUUACACAUAUCUCGGAGCAAACCAAUCUCUACGCUGCCCAGGAGCUGGGAGAUCCAAUCAGCACCAGUCCUGAAGAGAUCGAAAAAUUCCUGGCAAUGCUUCUCUUCAUGGGUGUUUUCAGUUUCCCAGCCAUCGAUGACUACUGGUGCAUUGAGUCACGGUUCGGUGUGAUAGCCGAUAUUAUGCCAAGGAGAAGAUUCAAGCUGUUACGCCGGUACCUUCAUUUUAAUGACAAUCAGCAGUGCGAUGGCAGUCCAGACCGGUUCUACAAAAUCCGCCCCCUUUUUGACAUGCUUCGUCAGCAGUGUCUUCUGAUCCCAUCCACUUACCAGCACAGUGUGGAUGAGGUCAUGGUGGCGUAUAAAGGCACAAGGGCUGGCUCUCUCCGCCAGUAUAUUGCCAACAAGCCAGACAAGUGGGGCUUUAAAUUGUUCUGCCGGGCCAGCUCAUCUGGCAUCAUUCAUGACUUUCUGCUUUAUCAGGGGGCAUCCACAUUCUUCAACGUUGCCCUAACUGAGCAGGAGGAGGCACUGCUUCUAGGGGCCAAACUUGUGACAACACUCUGCAAAACCAUCACACUGCCGAGACUUUCAGUCGUCUUCUGUGAUAACUUCUUCACCAGUUUCGACUUGGUCCAGAACCUGGAAGAGAACCUGGGCAUCAGGUGCAUUGGCACUGUCCGACCUAACCGCAUGGGUGGAGCAACCUUAAAGACGGACAAAGAGCUGAUGAAGGAAGGACGUGGAGCUUUUGACUUCAUGUCUGCUGAAGGGCUGCUCGCAGUGAAAUGGUUCGAUAAUAAAUGUGUGAGCCUUCUUAGCAGUGCCAGUGGGAUCACACCUCUUUCCUCUGUCAAACGGUGGAGCAAAGAGGCCAAAGCAAAGGUCAGUGUUGCGUGCCCUUCACUCAUCCUUGCCUACAAUCAGCAUAUGGGAGGCAUUGAUCUGUCUGAUAUGCUGGUGCACAUGUACAAGACCCCGGCGAAAUCCAGGCGAUGGUACCUUCCGCUGUUUGGAUACAUCCUAGACCUCUGCAUCUCAAAUGCCUGGCUUGUCUACAAGCGGGACUGCAGCUUCCAGAAAGAAACACCGCUGACUCUCAAAAAGUUCCGACUGGCAGUUGCACACACUAUGGCUCAAGUCAACAAGCCAGCAUCCAAAGUUGGCCGACCUUCAUCAUCCUCUCCACCACAGAUGUGGUCAAAGAAAAAGUCCAAUACCCCAAGACCCUCCCACCCACAACCAGAUGUACAGUAUGAUAAUUUCGGACAUUUGCCACUUCACUCAAACAAGCGGGGGCGAUGCAACCUUUGUCCAAAGGGAGUGUCGAGAUGGAAGUGCCAGAAAUGUAAUGUAUUCCUGUGCAUGAAUGGAAAGAUGGAAUGCUUUGCAGCAUACCAUCGCAAAUGAAUGGCCAAAGGCAGCCCUUACUGCACAGUGGAGGCUUUCUUUUUCUCCCACUGACAUUAAAAAAAAAAAUCUAAUCAAAUCUUGU